AUGAUAUGUCUGUGGAACGUGGUUUUCUCUCCAAACAGAACGUCAAACACCAAACCCAUUGGGCCGUCAAACACUCUAUCCAGUAUGAUUGACUCGCCAUGGGCCUCAGGCUCCUUGUUUGAGAAGUCUGCCGGCGACCGGUCGAAACUGUCGUUCGAAGCGUCUGUUAGAGGCGUUUUCGGUAACGAAGAGAUGCUGCUGCUUUUUGCUCGUCGAGAAGUGCGUCUGAAGCUAAGCAUUUCUGUAUGGCCAUUGACGGUGUGUUCGAGCCGGCCCUGGUCGUCGUCGUUUUGCGAGCUUGUGCGCACGGGCGUGGCUAGCGUGGCGACCGAAUCGGUGCUCAUAUCUGCCUCCUGCUGCUGCUGGGAGAUCGAGGCCAGGUUUUUGAUGCUGGACAUGAAAGUCGAGCCUGGUGUUUGUACAGGGGUGGAAAGGCUGUCUCCGUUCGUGUGUGGAAUCUCUGGGUCUCCGUCCACGGCGAGGGGUUCGUCGUGCUGCGAGAAGGCGUCGUUGGACGAGUAG